AUGCAUUGAAGCAGCUGCCAUGUGAUUGGUUGAUUUAGAUAAUUUAAUUAAUGUGAAAUUUAACAGGUGUUCCUAAUAAUCCUUUAGUUGAGUAUAUAAUAAUAAUAAUAAUAAUAAUAAUUCAUAGGAUUUGGUUGACGGGUAAUCUUUCUCUUUGUGUGUAGUUUUAUAGUUACUUUUGUUUUAACACUUCAUACAUCAAAUGCAAAAACCUGCUAAUGUGUUUUGACUAGAGGACUACUUUAUUUUUUAUGUUCUCAGUCACAUUUGUCUACACAUAAUUUUAAUUUGUGGAACUGAGGGGUGGGGGUGGGAUACAGCGAUGAAUACACACCACAUACACAUACACACGCUCCAGAAAAGUAAAAUAUUGCUACAAAUGUCAAUUACCAGAGUUUUAAAUUAAAAUGUGUUUAUAUUGUACUUUGUUGAAGUAGUUUCUUGAAAAUGUAGUAAAUAUUUGUUUUGUGAAUAUGAUUUUUGUUUUUGCUUUGCAUAGACGUCAACACGUGUAGGUAUUGUUGUCUUUGCUAAUCAGCGCCAUGAUUCUUGCCUUUGGGGGCCAACAGUAGGCGAUGCCAGUAUGUAGUGAUUAACCAGCUGAUAGACUGAAGAGCAUCAUAACGUGAGUUAUGCAUUUUCUUUAGGUUCUUCUUCUCUUUAGAGAGGGCUGUUAAGGUUUUUUUUUUUUUUUUCAGUUUUAUACACUGUUAUGCUGUCAGAUUUUGUUUUUGGUUUGUGUUUAUGGAGAGUUGUUCUUAUCAUGAAACCCUUUUGUAAAAAUAUUAUAUGAAUGUUUGUUAUGAAACCAAAACAUGACUCAGGAUUCACGAGCCAAAUUUGUCAUUUCUUAUGGUCAAGCUAUUGUCUAGGGCCCUGUUUGCCCUCUCAAGGCAUUAAAUCCAUUUGAGGAACUUAUGACUCUUAAAUAUUCUUCCCCUUCUGGAUCAUUCACUAUUGGGCCCAGAUAAAUGACAUCUCCUCAUUUUGUUUAAAACCAGAACAAUUCAGGUUUCCUUUUGUCACUGAAUAUAUUUCAGCAGUGACUCUAAACCAUUUAACAUUGGUACAAAAAUAAUUGCAGUGACAACAAAAAGUUUUAAGUGUGCAACGGUCCUCUUCCUCCCUCUGCUGUGCAAAAGUAUGCUCACAAGAGUCAGUAGCCAGUCAGGCUUCACUUCCACCCCAGAUUACAGAUGAGUGAUAAACACGUCCCUGUGCUGGUAAUUGGAUUAACUCUCGAGUAACACUAUCAUCUUUGGCUGUGGUUGACUAAAAAUUGACAUUCGUUCCAAGAUUGCUCCAUGGAAAAUGUAUUUGGUCAUCCUUUGAAUGUAACUUAGUAUUCCUUGGGUGAGUCUGAAACCACUAACAAUCUGAUUGACAUGUUACAUUACAUGUUCAAAGGGGAAAGAACACUUUACAGAAGACAAAGUUACAAAAAAAGUUUUAGUAAACAGACUUCUUUAAAGAGAACUGAAUGGAAAAAGUAGUUCAAAUAAUCUGUAUACGUUUCAUUUGCAGCUCCUUGUUUUUCCCUCUGCUGUGAACUUCCUCCAGCUCCUCUGGGGAAACGAUGACAGCUGCUGCCUGUUCAGUAACAGCUACCUUAAUUGUACCAUGGCACUGUUUCCAAUGGGGAGACUGGAGUUAAUUCCAGUUUGAACAAAGAAACCGUUUGGUUUGGGCCCAGCCAAGCAUGAAACACUUUGAACUGGCUACGUUUUAAUUGGCCCUUCCCCAUGGGGAAUGGAAGUGUGUUUUUGAGUUGUGGGUGCUGAUUCAAUGCAGUCAGCCGGUAGCACAUGAUAGCGGCACACCAAAGGGCUCAGUUGUGCAAUCUACUGAUAUCUUUCACCUUCAUCUCUGAAGCUCAAAAUAGCUGGCAAAAAUAUAAUUUAUGCUUCCAGAGAAUGUGGUUGUGUUUUCACUUUAGGAUCACUGCUUAAAAUUGUGCUGAUUUUCAUCAGGAAUGGAAAACCUCACGCCAGAGCAAUGGCGCGAGAUUAUGAACAGGAAGAUGCGGUUCCCUCCGGAGCUCAUUGGUGCCAUUCAGGAGGGGAACAUAGAGAUGCUGUUUGGACUGUUGAAGACCGGUGAUGGCAUCAUCCGCCAGCUGGAUGAGUCUGAGGAUCGCCAGUGGAGGGAUGCCCUCAACCUGUCAAUCCGUCUGGGCAACGAAAGUUGCAUGGACGUCCUCCUCCACGGGGUCAAGUUUGACUUCCGGCAGAUUCACGAGGCCCUGCUCGUCGCUGUAGACACCAACCAGGCCAGAGUGGUGAAGCGCCUGCUGGACCGCCUGGACCAGGAGAAAGGCAACAAGAUGGACGUGCGCUCCUUCUCUCAGGCCAUCUUUGACCACUCUAUUGACAACUCCCAGUUUGCCCCUGGUGUGACACCUCUGACCUUAGCCUGCCAGAAAGACCUGUAUGAUAUAGUCAACAUGCUCACCCAAAAAGGUCACGUCAUCCCAUGGCCACAUAAGAUAUCCUGUGCCUGUCUGGAGUGUAGUAACGGCCGGCAGUAUGACCUGCUCAAGUUCUCCUUGUCUCGUAUCAACACCUACCGUGGCAUCGCCAGCCGCGCCUACCUGUCCAUCACCUCCGACGAUGCCAUGCUCAGAGCUUUCGGUCUCAGCAGAGAGCUCCGCAAGCUCUCACAAAAAGAGCCAGAGUUCAAGCCUCAGUACCUGGGCCUGGAGGAGGUUUGUCAGGAGUUUGCCGUUGAGUUGCUGGGCAUGUGUCGCAACCAGAGCGAGGUGACCACCAUCCUGAACAGCUGUGGAAACGAGAGCCAGGACUCCUUAGAGCAGCAGGCCUUUGAGGAGGGAAUCCCCAACCUGUCACGUCUGCGGCUUGCUGUCAAUUACAACCAGAAGCAGUUUGUGGCCCACCCAAUCUGCCAACAGGUGCUGUCUUCUAUCUGGUGUGGGAACCUCUCCGGCUGGAGAGGCAGCAGGAUGGCCUUUAAGCUGUUUGUCACAGUAGGGAUCUUUCUCACCAUGCCUCUCCUCUGCCUCGUCUACUGGACCGCGCCCAAGUCAAAGGUAGGAAAGAUACUAAAGAUUCCUGUGAUCAAGUUUCUCCUCCACUCAGCCUCCUAUCUCUGGUUUCUCAUCACGUUGCUCGGAGAAUCAAUAACAAUGGAGUUGUAUCGAGACAAAUUUGCUUCCCGGCAGCAGGACAUCCUGCACAGCUCCUUCCACAUGGUGUGGGUGGUCGGAUUCUUCUGGUAUGAGUGUAAGGAAGUGUGGAUCGAGGGGCUGCGGAGUUACUUCCGGGACUGGUGGAACUGCUUGGACGUGAUGGUGCUCAGCAUGUACCUGGCGUCCUUUGCGUUACGUGUGCUUAUCGUGCUCAAAGGUUACUUCCUCUGCUAUGAUCAUAACCGCACAGAGGAGUGUAUCUACUUCACUCAGACUGUGCGCGAGGACUGGCAUAUCGAGGACCCCCAGCUGAUUGCGGAGGUGCUGUUUGCAGUGACCAGUUUGUUGAGCUUCACACGGCUGGCGUACAUACUGCCAGCACAUGAGUCUCUGGGAACUCUGCAGAUCUCCAUAGGGAAGAUGAUUGAUGAUAUGAUGCGAUUUAUGUUUAUAUUGAUGAUCAUUGGAACGGCCUUCCUCUGUGGCAUCAACAAUGUAUAUGUUCCUUAUGUCAUCUCUCCACAUCUUGGCAGGUUUAAUGAGACGUUCCGCUUCUUAUUCUGGACCAUGUUUGGCAUGGCCAACCAGGAGUACGUGGACAUGCCACAGUAUGUGGUGGCAGAGUUUGUAGGAAGGGUUCUGUAUGGCAUCUUCACACUCAUCAUCGUCAUCGUCCUGCUCAACAUGCUCAUUGCCAUGAUCACCAACUCCUUUCAGAAAAUUGAGGAUGAUGCAGAUGUUGAGUGGAAAUUUGCCAGGUCGAAGCUGUACCUCAGUUACUUCAGAGAAGGCCUCACCAUGCCUGUGCCCUUCAACAUCAUCCCCUCACCCAAAGCUGUCUUUUACAUCUUAAGGGGUAUCUUUAGACGAAUCUGCUGCUGCUGCACUUGUAAUUCUGAGGACAAAUAUCCCCCAAUAGACUCUAUGACCAAUGAUAAGGUAUGUGAAGACGGCCAGUUACCUUACCGGCAGCAGGUGAUCAAAGCUCUGGUGCAACGCUACAUUGAGUCAGCUUGCAGGGAGUUCGAGGAAACCAAGAGGAAAGAUAUCGGUAAUCGGAUCACUGUGCUGACCAAAACAGUCUGCAAGAUGCACGGUGAUAUGAAAGUGGUCCAGCAGCUUCUGAUGGCUGAUGGACACCCUGCAAAUGGCGCAUUGACCAAUGAUGGCUCCUCCUUUCUGGGAAAAUACAUCACUGGUGCCAAGAACAAUUUCAUAGGUUUUAACAGCAGAGAUGACAAAAAUGAAUCACUUCAAGUGACAUUGCCCCAUAAAGAGGAAGGGGAAGAUAAAGAACAAUCAGAUACAAAACAGGAGUCAGACGCACUGCAGAAUCAGGUGGGCGAAGAGGGAUCACAGCAGGUAACCGACUGUGAUGUAGUGAAAAUGGAGGAGGGCAGAGCUAAAACAGAACCAGGAGAUAAGAAGGAAACUGAGAAAAAAGAGCAGGUGGAAGCAGACACAAUGGAAAACACUGAUAGUGAAGUGAAAGAGGAGGUGGUGGCAGGGACAGGUUUUAAUCAUGUGAAAGAAAAAGCCGAGGCCACACAGGAUGAGGCAGAAAAAAGAAGGGAAGAAGAGCUACUCACAGGGGCUAAGGUGGGUGAAAAACACACAGAGACGCAAAAAGGCAGAAAGGACGCAAAAUGGAUAAAGGGUAGAAAUUUUGAGCAUAAUGUAGCAGAGAAGUCGGGUGUCAUGAAACCUGUAGCUAACAAAAUGAUUCCCUCGCCAACAGGCAGCAGCAGCUCUCAGGACACAGGCUUUGGUUCCCAAGAGGGAGAUGGGUCGUUUGACGGGACACUAGUGAGACCGUAACCCUAGUGCUGUCCCAUUUAAAGGACCACACUUUUUCAGGGCUUUGGCUUUUUGGUAACCUUCUUCAAUAUCUGAUAAGAGGGAAAAGUUCCACAUCUUGGAAAAUAUAGUCUUGCACAUAACCACCUGUAAAACAGCAAAUAUUUAGGGUUUUUGUUUAAACAAACAAGGCAACUAUAAAGGUGCUGGUAGGUGGGUUUUUCUUACCGUUGAACAGAGCCAUUUUAGCUGUUCCCCUCUUUUAAUUUGUGCCUAGCAAAGCUAAUUCACUGCUAUCUUCAGCUUCAUAUUUACUGCAAAGACAUGAAUGGUAUCAACCGUCUCAUCUAGCUUUACGCUGGAAUGCAAACAAUGGUAUUUCCUAAAAAUGUUAAACGAUUCCUUUAAUCCUAAUGACUGACUCUGUAAGAAACUUUUCAUGUAGUGAAACCAAUCAUUGUGCAAAAACCUGUCGGCUUCUGGCUAAUUCUGCUCCCAUUCUGUGUGAAAUAAGGACAAUUUUGUGUUUCUGACACAGAAAUCCUCGAGAGGAAGAGAGAUAUUCAUCUUUCUGCUUAAAAGUUCAUUAAAAUAAUUCAUUUUUGGCCAAUGUUUUAUUUUCUUCCCAAUCCUCUAAAAAUGUCGGAUUUAGGCAUUCAAAUAAAAUCAUACAACCAUAGAUCUAUUACAAAUAGUUUUCUGAUUUUUUUUAAAUAUAUGUUCUCAUAAUUACUGAGAUAACAAUAAUGUUGCCAGUUAAAAUGGCUAAUGGAUUUAACUGAAAAAAGGCAGUGUACACCUUAAAUUCAGCAUGUAGUACUACACCUGUACAACUUGAUAUGCAUAAAUGGCAGUAAAAUAGGGUUACAGUGCCUUACAACUAGUAAACACAAUUAGCACACUGAAAGUAGUGACUACUUAAAACGACAAAAUAUUGGGGGGGAUUUUAUUGAAGAAGAAGAUCCUCAGGGGGGGAAUUACAUUUUUUCACUCUGUUGGAGUUACACAUUACACACAGGCCCAGAAAUACACACACAUGCACCAACAGGAACUAUACAUGCAUUAAUGGAGAGUUGAGUUGUGCUGCUGCUUCGUGCUGGGUGUCCCUCUACUCACUGCCAUUUUCAAACUUCACUAAUAGCAAAGAGCCUGUGUUAGCCGUCCUGAUUUCUCUUAACAUUCAAGUAUGAGAAGAAAGUAGCUUUGUGUUAAAUUAACAUUUUGCACAAUAGAUAAUUUGCAACACAAUUAAAACAUUUGAAAUCACA